AUGGAGCAAUGUAGGAAGGAAGUGCGCGCUCGUCCUCAAGCCCUGCCUCCUCUUCUUCUGCGAGUGAAAAGUUUACCAAACAAGUUUCCCAAAGAAGUGUUCGAGCGCGGAGGGGAGCGGGGAGAGACGCUGCUGUCACGGCCCGGGCGCUUCCUCAGUCCGUGCUCCUGUCUCCUGUGCGCACGGCGUCAUGGAGUUGGCUUCACUCUCUUCCUUGUUGCUUCGAACUUUGUGAAAGUGGCCGAGUGUCCUUCCUCCUCCUCCUCACCCCUCCUCUCCUCUCCUCCCUCGCGUGUUUUCUCUUCUGUGGGAAAAGCGCGACCUCUCGGGGGGGUUGAAUAUUAUCCAACACAUCCUCAAUCCACCCUCAACGCACCCUCAACGCACCCACAAUGCACCCACAAAGCACCCUCAACGCACCCACAACGCACCCUCGACGCACCCUCGACGCACCCUCGACGCAACCUCAACGCACCCACAACGCACCCACAACGCACCCUCAACGCACCCUCAACGCACCCACGACGCACCCUCGACGCACCCUCGACGCACCCUCGACGCACCCUCUACGCACCCUCUACGCACCCUCUACGCAGCCUCAACGCACCCACAACGCACCCUCAACGCACCCUCAAAGCACCCACAACGCACCCUCGACGCACCCUCGACGCACCCCCGACGCACCCUAGACGCACCCUCGACGCACCCUCAACGCACCCUAGACGCACCCUAGACGCACCCUCGACGCACCCUCGACGCACCCCGACGCACCCUCAACGCACCCACAACGCACCCUCAACUCACCCUCGACGCACCCUCGACGCACCCUCAACGCACCCCCGACGCACCCUCAACGCACCCUCGACGCACCCUCGACGCACCCCCGACGCAACCCUCAACGCACCCUCGACGCACCCACAACGCACCCUCGACGCACCCUCGACGCACCCCCGACGCACCCCCGACGCACCCUCGACGCACCCUCGACGCACCGUCAACGCACCCUCUACGCACCCUCAACGCACCCACAAAGCACCCUCAACGCACCCACAACGCACCCUCGACGCACCCUCAACGCACCCUCGACGCACCUUCGACGCACCCUCGACGCACCCUCGACGCACCCUCAACGCACCCACAAAGCACCCUCAACGCACCCACAACGCACCCUCGACGCACCCUCGACGCACCCUCAACGCACCCUCGACGCACCCUCAAAGCACCCUCAAAGCACCCACAACCCACCCUCGACGCACCCCCGACGCACCCUCGACGCACCCUCGACGCACCCUCGACGCACCCUCGACGCACCCUCGACGCACCCUCGACGCACCCUCGACGCACCCACGACGCACCCUCGACGCACCCUCAACGCACCCUCGACGCACCCUCGACGCACCCUCGACGCACCCCCGACGCACCCCCGACGCACCCCGACGCACCGUCAACGCACCCUCUACGCACCCUCAACGCACCCUCAACGCACCCUCAACGCACCCACAAAGCACCCACAAAGCACUCUCAACGCACCCACAACGCACCCUCGACGCACCCUCGACGCACCCUCGACGCACCCUCUACGCAACCUCAACGCACCCUCAACGCUCCCACGACGCACCCUCGACGCACCCUCUAUGCAGCCUCAACGCACCUCGACGCACCCUCAACGCACCCUCAAAGCACCCACAACGCACCCACAACGCACCCUCAACGCACCCACAACGCACCCACGACGCACCCUCAACGCACCCUCGACGCACCCUCGACACACCCCCGACGCACCCUCAACACACCCUCAACGCACCCUCAACGCACCCACAACGCACCCACAACGCACCCCCGACGCACCCUCAACGCACCCUCGACGCACCCUCGACGCACCCUCGACGCACCCUCGACGCACCCUCGACGCACCCUCGACGCACCCUCUACGCACCCUCGACGCACCCUCAACGCACCCUCAACGCACCCUCAACGCACCCUCAACGCACCCUCAACGCACCCUCUACGCAUCCACGACGCACCCCAGACGCACCCCCGACGCACCCUCGACGCACCCCCGACGCACCCCCGACGCACCCUCAACGCACCCUCGACGCACCCUCGACGCACCCUCGACGCACCCUCGACGCACCCUCGACGCACCCCCGACGCACCCCGACGCACCGUCAACGCACCCUCUACGCACCCUCAACGCACCCACAAAGCACCCACAAAGCACUCUCAACGCACCCACAACGCACCCUCGACGCACCCUCGACGCACCCUCGACGCACCCUCGACGCACCCUCGACGCACCCUCUACGCAACCUCGACGCACCUCAACGCUCCCACGACGCACCCUCGACGCACCCUCUAUGCAGCCUCAACGCACCCUCGACGCACCCUCAACGCACCCUCAAAGCACCCACAACGCACCCACAACGCACCCUCAACGCACCCACAACGCACCCACGACGCACCCUCAACGCACCCUCUACGCACCCUCGACGCACCCUCGACACACCCCCGACGCACCCUCUACGCAACCUCAACACACCCUCAACGCACCCACAACGCACCCACAACGCACCCCCGACGCACCCUCAACGCACCCUCGACCUAACCCCGACCCACCCUCAACGCACCCUCAACGCACCCUUGACGCAACCUCAACUCACCCUCAACGCACCCACGACGCACCCCUGA